AUGGCAGACCGCGCCACUCAGCUCGAGGCUUGCAAAGCUGCUGCAAGCAACUACCGCUCUCAACUGGAUACGGCUGCUACCAAAGAUGAGGCUCUCACUUUGGCCAUUAGCGCAGCUGAGAAUCUCAUGAAAGCGCUCAAGUUGACGUCAAACCAAGAUGAGAAGAAGCUGCUCAAAGCACAAUGUGGCGAAAUAAUGAAUGUUGCCGACCGCAUCAAGAAGACUGGAAUGUGGACACAAUCUGCGAAGCCACAGCCAACUAACUCCAAAAGCCACCACAUUGGACAGUGGGCCACGCAAGUCGCAGUAGCAGCAGAUUCAUCAUCGACUUUCCAAGACACUAUCACAAAGUCAAGCUCUUCUCGUCAUGGCCUUUCCUCUGCCUCAACGCCCGAUGCGUCCUACCAAAACAGCCCUAAUACCAAACCCACUAACGCCCUUGAUAUCGACACUGUAUCUAACCCAAGUCUAAAGUCGUCCUCGCAACCCUAUCCUGUCAGCACACUUUCUCACUCGCCACUGCCCAAUAUGAGUGAAGCUUCUCCCUCACGAGCGGCAGCUUCCCAUCCCCAGAUAUAUAGAUUGCGCGAGCCCAUGUCAAGCAGGCAACUCUCUAAGAGGGAGGAAAUCAUCUUACUAAAGGCCUCUAUGGUUAACGGCUACAAAUUUCCGCCCUGGACCAAGGAGCCAUCCGCGGACGAGUUCACUUCACUUCAUGGAGACGGGGGUUUUAUUGACAUGGGUGAUCUCAGUCUUUCUCCAUACCAACAGCAAUUCUUCUUGGACUGGCUGCGGGCAAAAGAAGCUAUACCACCGCCUUCAUUAUCCUCCGAUAGCACCAAUGGCGCCGGACCUUUAAUGUCUAGCUCGAAACCUCUGGAUCUCGUACAGGAUGCAGCUUCGGAUUGUUCGGUGGUCACAAGUCUAUGUGCUGGUAUUGCUCGCUCAGAGCGUGGGCAUGAACAGAUUCUCACCAACAAGCUAUACCCAUUUGAUAAACAGCGUGGAAAACCAGUGCCAUCGUCAAAUGGCAAAUAUGUUGUGCGACUCAACUUCAACGGUUGUUGGAGGAAAGUUGUCAUCGACGACCGACUGCCUGUUUCAAAAACUCACCGGGUACUCCACGUCAUCGACCGUCGUAACCCAGCCUUGUUGUGGCCAGCAUUACUCGAGAAGGCCUAUCUCAAAGUCCGUGGUGGUUACGACUUCCCCGGUAGUAACUCGUGUGGUGACCUAUGGGCAAUGACUGGGUGGAUUCCGGAACAAGUCUUCCUACAAGAGACGGACACAGUGCCUGAUCAGUUAUGGAAGCGCAUCUACAACGCUUUCAUGUAUGGAGACGUUUUGGUCACUGCAGGCACAGGCAAAAUGUCAACUAAGCAAGAGCGUGAAUUUGGACUCGAGGGCCAACACAGCUAUGUCAUACUCGACAUGAAGGAGACGGAGCACGACCGUCUGUUGCUCGUCAAGAAUCCAUGGAUUGAAGGCAAGGGUUGGCGUGGACCUCGCCCAUGUGCCGUAGCUGCCAUGGACAAUUCUACUGCUGGAGAGCCCAAUACCAGUGUGGAGGUCUACCACAGAGACAGCGUCCCAACACAAGAUCGGCCUCACCCAACAACGUUCUGGAUAGGGCUUGAGCAGGUCAUACAGCAUUUUGAGAGUUUAUAUCUCAACUGGAAUCCUGGACUUUUUCGUUAUCGUCAAGAUAUCCAUUUCGAGUGGGACAUCAAUGCGUCAACACCAGCCGGAUGCAUAGUCAACAAUCCACAAUUUGCAUUUACAUCCAAAGGUGCCGGGCCCGUCUGGCUUCUUUUGAGCCGUCAUUUCCGGGAUGCACAAGAAACCACAAAGGAAGAUUCGGACGUAUUUAACGAUGGGAGCGUUCGUAAUGACACUCAGUUUGGUGGCAGCGGAGAGGCGCCAAAGGGUUACAUGAGCAUCUAUAUCUGUACUGGACACGGAGAGCGGAUUUACAUCAAGGACACGUACCUAGAAUCGAGCGACUACGUGACGACACCUCAAUGCCUCCUCCGCAGCGAUAUGGAUGCCAACACGACGUACACGGUAGUGAUUGACCAGGACGACUUGCCUCGGUCAAAGUACACAUUUUCGCUAUCGGCAUUUGCCAAUACGCCCAUGACACUUGAGCCAGCGACAAAACGACUUCCGUUGCAAGAGAUUCAAACCGGAGCUUGGACAAGACAGACGGCAGGCGGCAGCACAGACUCGCCCAACUACUUUGACAAUCCCCAAUACUCACUUCACGUGCGGGAACGCGGUUCGCUAGCGAUUCUACUGACGAGUACAAAUCACGAACAUCCUUUACACGUCAAGCUUGCAUUUGGACACGGGAAAAGGCUGUAUCGACUACAAAGCCGGGAUGUGCUGGCAGACUCGGGCAACCACCGCAGUGGAUGUGUUUUUGCCCAGAUCAAAGAUCUUCAGCCGGGAUACUAUACCAUCAUAUGUUCGCUAUUCGAAGCGGGACUGACCGGGGACUAUACACUGCGAGUGGACAGUAGCAGCCAGGUGGGGUUAACGCCGAUAGCGCGGGACGGGGCAGGGCUGCUCUCGAUGAAGCUUGCUCCAGCAUGUUUUGGUGCACAUGUACACAAGGUGGCUGCACCACUUCGUUUGCAUCGGUUGGCAUCAUAUACAAUUAUUGCGCGGUUCUUGAAGGCAACAAGCCCUCGGGCAAUGGAUCUGGGCAAGCUAGCGCGCAGCCCGCUGCGGCUCAGUGUUGAACUGGGACGGGGUCCCGAGCGCAGAAUCAUCAUUGCUAGCGAACAGGGGGAGUAUGCAGACUCAGCCACGGUUCGGUCCGAGAGCGUCGACAUUGAUCCGAUGGACUGUAGGCAGGGGGAUGUGUGGCUUGUGCUGGACAGAUUGUCGGGCCCUAGCGGACCGGUGGAGGAGUGGUACGACGUGGAGAUGUAUGUCAACACUCCUCAGGCGUGUGAAAUUGGGGUUUGGCGAGACUGGGACGAUUGA